UUUCGCGCUCUCGCAUACAUACGAAUAUCCCAACUCAAACUCGUUUCUCUUCUAUGCGUGUUUUUGUGCCUGCGCUGCGUUAUAACAAAACUCACAGUGAUCAUCAUCUUCUGAAAACCAAUCGCCUCAUUUUUCUUCAAUCAUCGAUUUACCAUCCAGCACACUCUCAGGGUUUUUUCAUUUUCACUUCCAAUCACAAAAUGUUCACUCGUAGCCGACGUUUUCCUUCUUCUGAUGCAUCAUCCUCCGAGAAGAAGAAAUCAUCCGUUUCAGAUAAUCCAGUUUCAAGCAAAAAUGUCAUCAAUGCCGUCAAAACUCGCUUGACGAAGAAACGUCCUGCUCUUGCCGACGUAACCAAUAGCAGAAAUGCCUCUAUCGGUAAAUCCUCCUCCGUUGGUGCUUCAUCCAAGCCCAUGGUUCCAUGCACGUCCAAAACUACAAAGACAAAGAAGGAUUCCGUUGCCAGUUCGCAGAAAAAUGUUAUGCCUGGGAACGUUUUGCAACCCUCGUUAAAGUCAAGUGGAUUAUUGCGUUCCAAAGAAGCAUGUUCUACCAAAGCUAGUCAAACUAAGACUGGAGUUGAAGCUUUCGUUGCGCCAAGCAAUGAUGGUGCUGUUUGUCCUGAUUUUAAGAACAAGGUCUGUGAUCCGAAAUGGAUGGACAUUUCUCCAAGUAAUUCAUUUAGUGGUUCUACUCCACUGGAUGAGAGCAUGUCAACCAACAAUUCUUUGAUGACUCCGGAGUUAGAAUAUAUUCGCAAUGAUGAUAUUAUAUCGGCCAAAUCAAUUGAGAAUAAAACAUGCAGCAUUCUCAAUAUUUCAGACUCUUCCAAAAUGGCAGGGAGAAUACAGGAUGUUGACACCAUACUGAAGUCAAGAGCAAAUGAGAUUGUAGACAUUGACUGCAAUAUCAAAGACCCACAGUUUUGUGCAUCCAUUGCCCAUGAAAUCUAUGAAACUUUGCGUGCAUCUGAGAAAAGUAAAAUGCCAUCUAAGAACUUCAUGGAGAAGAUACAGAAAGACAUACAUGCUGGCAUGCGGGCAAUGCUUAUUGAUUGGCUUGUGGAGGUUGCCGAAGAGUACAGACUUCUACCUGAUACACUAUUUUUGGCAGUUAACUACCUUGAUCGCUAUCUUUCAGGCAAAGCAAUGAUCAGACAGCGGUUACAACUGCUUGGUGUUACCUGCAUGAUGAUUGCUGCUAAAUACGAGGAGAUCUGUCCCCCCAAGGCGGAAGAGUUCUGUUAUAUAACUGAUAAUACGUAUUCUAAGGAGGAGUUGUUGGACAUGGAGUCCUCUGUGCUGAAUUUCUUGAAGUUUGAAAUGACGGCUCCUACAACUAGAUGUUUUUUGAGACGCUUUGUUGUUGUUGUUGCCCAACACACAUGUGAGGUUCCAUUGAUGCAGUUGGAGUAUUUGGCCGACUAUCUAGCAGAGUUAUCGCUUCUAGAGUAUGACAUGCUUAAGUAUACACCGUCGUUAAUAGCUGCUUCAGCCGCUUUCUUGGCUAAAUAUAUACUACUUCCUAGGAAGAAACCUUGGAACUCUAUGCUGAGGCAUUACACAGGUUAUCAAGCAUCAGAAUUGCGUGAAUGUGUUAAGGGAUUGCAUCUGUUGUACUGCAAUGGCUAUCAGAAUUCACCUUCCUUUAUUGCUAUCAAAGAAAAAUACAGUCAGCAUAAGUUCAAGUUUGUGGCGAAGAAGUAUUGUUCUCCAUCAAUACCAGUAGAAGUAUUUCACAACUGAACCUAUAUACUAUUACAAGAAAGGCUAGCAAAAACACUUAGUUGGAGAUUUUUGAACACAAUCUUUGUGAUAGACAUAUUUUCCAAAAAGUGAUAUAUUCCCCAGACAACUAAAUUGACUUUUUUUGAGAAUAAGGGGGGUCACAGUGUGUUUAAAAUGUAUCAAAAAGUGUUACUACUAUAUUCAAUACUUGGGGUGUCUUGUAGUCAAAAUAAAAAUAAAUAAAAAUACUUGAGGUGUCUGCUGUGGAAGUUCUGGAUCAUUGGGAGCAAAUGGAUUUAAUGUUGGUUGUAAAAUUUUGCCUAUGCCAAUUUUGUGGCAAUCAUUUUGAUUUUCAAGGUACUGUACCAUGUCCAUUUAGACACACAUUCAUUCUUUAGUCUAUGUAUAGGAACUCCUUCUAGCAGAUCUUGUUGAAUAAAUACUAAAUUUAUCAGUUGAAAUUCUGUCUAAACCAAAUCAUAAUCAUUCUAUUUUUUAUUUCUUUC